AUGGAGUCAGGUUCGGCAGUUCACGUUCAUCCUGUGGUGUUAGCAUCAAUUGUCGAUGCAUAUGAAAGACGUGCGGAAGGAUCAGAGAGGGUUAUUGGCACUCUUCUUGGGACUUGGGGAAAAGGGAUCAUCGAAGUUACUCAUUGCUACAGUGUUCUGCAUCAAGAAUCUGCGGUCGAUGUGUCUAUGGACAUAGAAUUCAAAAACAACAUGACUGUUCUCGAGCGCAAAGUGAACCCCUCUCAUAACAUUGUUGGGUGGUAUGCAACGGGGAAUGAAAUUCCGGAGACCCUCAAACUUAUCCAUCAAGAUGUUUACAUGCAGAAGUCAAAAAAUGCAAUCUUUUUAAUGGUAGACACAAAUAUGACUAUCGGGGACAAAAUGGCCAUAAAAGCUUAUCUUUGCAGGAAGAUGGGUAUUCCUGGAGGAACACAAGGAUUUAUUUUUGUACCAGUAGAAGUAGAAGUCGAGUGCUACGGUGCAGAACGUUGUGCCGUUGAAAUGAUGGUUUCUUCUAUUGAUCCAAGGAGUAAAUUAGAACCUGAACUUGGAGAUGACAUGGUCUAUUUGUAUCAACUUUCACAACAUCUGCUCACUAUGUUGGAUCAGGUCAUUCGUUACGUUGAAAAUGUUAUCGAUAACAAAUGUCCAGCCGACCCCAAAAUCGGAAGGUCUAUAGCACAGUUAAUUUUCUCAAUCCCCAAAUUAGACCCUGAUCAUUUGGAGCAAUUGAUCAAUUCAAGCUAUAAAGAUUUGCUGAUGAUCACUUAUCUCACUAAUCUUAUACGGACGCAUCUAAAGAUUUUAAAUUUGGCCCAGUGA